AUGCCGAGCACCCCGGUGCUCGCGCAGUUCUGCAUAGCCCUGCUCGAUCGCGCCGGCAAUCCGGUGCCGUCCCACACCCAGGCCCGCCCCGUGACCCGUUUCGCCGCCCACGCCGCGCACUGGGGCUUCAACACCUUCAUCCAGAGGGAAGUGCUCGAGAAGUCGAGGUACCUCAACCUCAAGGAUGACUCCUUCUGCGUCUGCUGCGAGGUCAACGUCGUCACUGGGUUCCGCGCUGAGGACGCCGCCGCCACCGCGUGCGUCCGCGUCCCGCCGCCAGACCUGUCGCAGAAGUUUGGCGAACUCCUGCGGAGCGAGCUGGGUGCCGACGCCCAGCUGUUCGGUGCCAUGAAGGAGGCCUCGCUUUCCGCUGGGGAGCACUGUUGGGUGGAGAUUGAUGACAUGAGGGCAGACGUGUUCAGGAAUUUGUUACAUUUCAUCUACACUGACGCGCUGCCCACCAAGCCCGAGCACCAGGAAGAGACCCUCAUCAUGGCUCAGCACCUGCUCGUUGCCGCGGACAGGUAUGGCAUGGAGAGGCUCAAGCUCAUCUGCGAGGACAUUCUGUGCAGGCACAUCGACGUCAGCACCGCAGCCACCACACUGGCCCUUGCUGAGCAGCACCGAUGCCAGGGGCUCAAGGAAGCAUGCUUUCAGUUCCUCAAGAAGUCUCCUGGGUCGCUGAAUGCUGUCAUGGCAACUGAUGGAUUUGACCAUCUAGUCAACAGCUGCCCGGACAUUAUAAAGGAAUUGAUGUCUAGACUUGUUGCUGCCCAUUCCAACUGA